AUGGCUGACCUUCGAGAACUGAAGGCCACUCGAGGCACCAUCAAAUCACAUUUUACGAGAACAGAAAGGUACCUCAACGAUCAUCCCACGGCAUCAGCAGCAAUCAUUCAGAGCCUAGCACCUAAAGAUGCAACGGAAGCUCGAGCAUUCAUUGAGGAUGAGAACAAGGAACGCGAAGCUGGAGAGAAUCGUUACUACAUCAUGGCUGCAACAAUGCAGGAUAUUCUCAAUAGAGAGAAAGAAGCCCUAGAGCAUCGGCUGAGAGCUGCUGCCGCUGCGGCUGCUCCAAUUCAUCCCCAGGGUCAGCCUUUUCAACGAGUGGAGACUGAGUACAGACAUAAACCCAAAUUACCUGAAAUAAAAAUCCCAAUUUUCGGUGGUAAUUACACCCAGUGGCUACUUUUUCACAAUUCAUUUCGUUCAAUAAUUCACGAUAAUCCGAACAUUCCUGCUAUUCAAAAACAUCAUUAUCUUAUCGGUCAACUGAGUGGCGAGGCUCGCGAAAUUGUUCAAAAUAUAUACAUCACUGAGAACAGUUAUGAGACGGCCUGGAGGCUGCUGGUCCAGACCUAUGACAACGAACGAAUUAUCAUUGACACUCACCUUGAGGAGCUGUUCAAUUUUCCAUCCAUAAGCAAAGAAGACAAGUCAGAAUCAAUAAAGAAGCUGGUUAUGCAUAUCCAGAGUCAUCUGGGUGCUUUAAAGACAUUUCAACAACCCACAGAGCACUGGGGCACACCCAUCAUUCACCUAGCAAAAAAACAACUAGAUUACAGUGAACAACGAGAUUGGCAAGAUCACAUUAAAGAUCGUACCCAUGAGCAGAUGCCCACUCUGGAAGAAUUUUUACAAUUCUUGAUCACACGCAGCCAAACACUCAAGAUGAUAAAUCAGAACAAAACCAAAGCAUCUAAUCCAAAACAAACUCAGCAGAGUGAGAAGAAAUCGGAGAAAAAGCAGGAGAAAAAGUCACAUUGGCAAGCACAUCAUCAUACGUCUGUAAAUUCUGCAAUGACAGUCACCCUGUUAACUUCUGUGAAGAGUUACUGA